GUUGGAAAUGCUCGCGUCGCAGGUUCUGCUGCUUCAUAUCGCUGCUUAGGAUUAUUAUUUGUGUUUUUGAGAAUUUUUCAGAGAAUUUGAAGUGAUUUAUUUGAUUAAAAUGGAUUAUUGAAGUAACGUGUGAAUUUGGAUUCAAGUGUUUGAGUUUAUGCGUGAAGUUUUGAUCUAUAAGUUCGGACAAUAAAUUAAUUUUUUUUCCAAGUGAAAAAGUACCGCAGACAUGUUUUCAUUUCGGGCAAUUUUACGGUCUUUGGCAAAAGGUGGUUACGUGAAUAAGUGCGGAUGUUAAACUCCGAUGGGUGAUUUGAUUAUAUUCAACCAGUGAUUUUGGUUCGAAAAGGUGUGUGAUUGAUUUAGUGAAAAUUUUCUCCGGUUAAAAAUUGCUAGACAAGCAGAGAAAAUAGGGGAAAAGUUGCACAAAAGAUUACACCAAAUAAGGCUGUGUGCGUACGUGAAUGAAUAAAGGUGAACGUGUGUGAGUGCCUACGCUAGACAGGAUAAACGCAGGAAGACAAAAAGGAUAUCCAGUUUGUACACAACAUAAAUACAGUGGCAGGCAGUAGUGUAGCAUAAGCAUAGACAAAGCGAGGGCCUGUUGGAGUUUUUUUUUUUUCGAGACCUGUGUACCCUAUUCGUGUGCUGCGGAAACGCAAAACGCUCCGCUCCUCGGAUCAAAGGUGGUCACAGACGAAUGAGAAAAAGUGCAGCCGCAGCUCUCCACGAAUGCGCCCACCGAUAGGUCGACAUUCCGUGUGUUUGUGUGAGGAAUUUCUUAUUAAGGAAAAUUGUCAACGUGCUUUUCAUCUGACGUCGUGGAAUCACAAAAACCAGGAGGAUACACCUGAUGCAAGCGAAUUUGAGUGGUUCAAUGGGUGUAUUUCAUUCAGUGGGUGUGUUACAACGUAUUUGAAAAACGGAGACCAGAUCAGAUGUGAGUGAAAAUAGGAGAAAGUGUGAAAACAAACAUUCGUCUUUCGAUGGCUUUCGGCCGUUAAUGGCGCAAUGUAUGGUAGAUAUUAAGUGUAAAGAGCAGCAUUAAGAAUUGGUGAAGCAGCUGAAGAAGAUGGAAAACGUCGAUAGUUUCUUAUCUUGUCUAAUUGAAAUCAUUGUUCGCGACGCGAGCGUGAAAGAAGUAGGGCUAUAAUCGAUUUUUCACGGUAUAUUUAUCCGCCCGACGAGAGUGCACAUAACAGAGCUCCAUCGGAGUGUACGACCUGGAGACUGUUUUCGAUCGCUUUUUCGGUAGCGGGAAACACACAAGUAUUAGCUAACACCACAACCACAUCAGCGAACAUGGAUAUUGGAAUAGAGCGCAACGAGGGAGGUGCCACGAUUGGCACCCUUUUCCAGCACAUCGUCAACGACAUGAAGAAUUCCAGUCCACUAUGGGAAGACUUCAUCGCAAAAGCCACAAAAUUGCACGCUUGUUUACGAGCUGCGAUACAAGCAUUGGCAGUCUACUUGGAAGCAUUUCAAAAAAUUGCCGAUGCCGCUACCAACUCUAAAGGUGCAACCAAAGAGAUUGGUACCGCACUGACACGGGUAUGCUUGCGCCACAAGGCAGUCGAGACGCGGAUGAAAACCUUCACCGCUGCCAUCAUGGACUGUCUGAUUGUGCCGUUGCAGGAGAAACUGGAAGACUGGAAGAAACAGGUAGCCAUUAUAGAUAAAGACCAUGCCAAAGAAUACAAACGCUGCCGGGCGGAGUUGAAAAAGCGCUCCAGCGAUACGCUGCGAUUACAGAAGAAAGCCAAGAAGGGUCAAACCGAUAAUUUGCACAUUCUGGUGGAGUCUUCCAUGCAGGACGUGACGUUGCGGCGAUGCGAGCUCGAGGAGGUUGAACGGAAAUCCCUCCGCUCCAUCAUGGUCGAAGAGCGGUCACGUUACUGCACCUUUGUAAAUAUGCUACAGCCUGUGGUACACGAAGAGUGUGAAGUGAUGUCGGAACUAAGUCACCUGCAAGAAGCAAUGCAAAUAAUUGCGGUAGUCACGAAAGAUCCCGCAGUUCUGCCUCAAGCAUCUGAGGAGUUAAUCCUAGAAUCGAAAACAAAUAUCAAUCUCUACCCGGACUCACCGGGUGGUUCCAAUUCCCAAGGAGCUUGCUCGAACUCAUUAGGAUCUCGUAAAAGUUCCGUAUGUUCGAUUAGUUCGAUGAAUAGUAGCAGUAGUGGCUCUCCAGGACAUCAAUUCCAAAGAUCGCUAUCUCAGUACUCUCCGGCGAUACGUUUGAAACCAGGUGAAUCUAGUGAUAGCGGAUUUUGUUCUUCGCCAGCUUUAACUUCGCAGGCGUCCACACUCGCUAGUCAAUCUCAUGCCGUUUCUACAUGGCCACCACAUACGCAAGAUGGUACGAGCUCCGCUGACCGGCCGCACACAAUAUCGUCAGCAUACGAGAAAGGUCACCAGCGGCCAGCAUUAACUGUCUAUACGUUCCAGAAUCCAGAAACGAUAUCGGAAAACCAAAAAUCUCCUGCUAACAUAUUGUGUCGGCCACCGCUUCCAGUUCGAUGUUCGUCACUCGAGAGGCCAUUAUCGACAUCUUCCAUAAAGAAUUCCAAUUCGAAUGUUCCACGACAGUGUCCUUCGCCGAUUCCUGCCCAUAUUACCAAAGAACACCCACAACUACAACCCACCUACGUCAAUAUGACGGAACUGGCAUCGAUGGCUGCCUCAAAGAAUACUAACAAUAAUAACCAAAACGCAACUAACCAGCCCCAAUCGUCGGCGCAACUGCCAAUGCAACCUCAACAAAUGGGGUAUCAACCGCUUCAGCAGCCAAAUUCGCCGGUGUUAUCGUCGGCAUCGUCGCUCAUAUCACCAGAUUCGAGUGCCACCAACGCAAUCAGUUCACCAGAUGUAUCCGCCUGUAGCACUCAGACACCUCAAAAUACGCCUCAGGCUGGUUCACCACAGACGCCUAUCUACAGUAGUAGCUCGGUGAUUGUUCCUACAACCAGUGAUAAUAUUGUUGGUGAAAAUGGUGGUGGUAUGAACACAGCUAACGGUGACGGAAGUGGGCCUCCUUUGACUAUCAUCGAUGGAAUCGCUAGUCCAGAAAGCGUGGCUGUCGCCGGAAAUGAAAAUAAAGAUAUCCUUAAAUGUACCGGUUCAGUUUUAGAGAAAACGUCGAUGUUCGAGCAACAGAUUAACAAUAACCAACUUGCACCCUCACGAAGCGAAGCCAUCUACGGUAGGAAGGGUGAAGAUAUUUACAAAACUACGGGUCUUCUGUCGGAACGAGAUGCAGAUCGGAUCGACAAAGAGACAAUAGAGGAGCUAAAUAAUCUAAUUGGUGAACUAGACCUAUUCCAAAAAGAGCACGAGCUACGGCUGGAAGAACACUUCCAGCAACCGCCGUCCAUGCCCCCACAUGAGAAUGGUAUCAAUCAUUCCAACAACAAUGGAAAUCUGUCAUCAAAUAACAGUGACUCGGCUGGUAGUGAUCGAAACGACAAAAUUUCCAUCUCCAGCUCGAUGAAUAUCGAAGCGAUUAAUAUGUCACUAAAUAGCACCAACCUAGGUAGUGAGUUUCCAUUCAACUACAGUGAUAGUGAUAUGAAUAAGCUCAAUACGGAACAGCAGGGUUGCGACUCUGUGGACUACUCGAAUACAGGAUUUGAAAAUCCUUCUUUUAUGCACUUGAACGAUUCAGAAAUCGUGGUAAUGCGGCAGAACGAGUUUGGAAGAAUUGAUCCUGAGAAUUAUUACAGCCAAAAUAUGAGCGAAGUAGUUGUCUUGAGAUGCAAGGAUGUUGCCAAACCCGACUCGAACCGAAUGGAUGAUACCGCAAGUGUAGAUAGCCAGCAGCGGCUGAGUUCGUUCAAGUUAAAUUCCAGAUCUGCGUCGCCAGCACUAUCUUCGUUUGCAGUGUCGCGAUCACCAACGCCGUCGCUGUCGGUGCCACCAUCAAGUGCUACAACUCCCACGAUGGCGUCACCGCAGCAUAAUAUUGCUAUCAGCAUCUAUAACAAUAACAACAACAGCAAUCAUGUGAUAAACAUCCAUCACCAUACCCAGCAGCAUCAGCAGCAGCACUCCACCAAUGGUAAUGAGAAAUGCUCGUUGAUCUCAAUGCCUUCUGAUGAGCGCAUUAAUAGAAUUAAGCCAGCAAUCACGCCACGACCUGCAUCGUUAUCUGGACCCAACCGUGUUGCCAGACGGUCGUCUGUAAAUACCGUGAAACCACCACCGCCGGUGAGAAGAAGUUCUAGUGUAACACCCAGUCCUAACCUUGGAGCAGCUUCACCAAAUCUGGCACAGCAAAGUCUCGCAUAUACGUCAUCGGAAAGCUUACCACCUCCUCCUGCAUAUCUUCUUGACAGCACAACUGGAAAUUCACUUAUUCCAGGAAACGUAGCGGGUACGGUUAAAGCACUGAACGAAAUCAGGCACAAACCGGCAAGUCCCAGUGUUCUUCGACGCGCUCAACAGAACCUGCCAACCCAACAGCCGUCUCCUUCGUACUCUACAAAUGCAUACAACAGCACGCCAACACACGAUCACACUAGCACUACUUCUAUGCAUUACCCAUCACAAUCUCCGCCAAAUUAUUUUCCCUCCAGCAGUGAUAAUCCUAGUAUGUCAUCCAACCGAAAUUCGAAAUCAUCGCCGCAUCAACAAGGGAUUUACGCACAACCGAAACAAAUAACAAGUAUGUCGAGCUUCCGAACUGCAAGUCCAGGGCCGCAAAAGCAGAGCACUGGAUUUCUGGCGCAAUUGAACGCUAGAAUUGCACCAAACAAACCCCAGCCACCAGCAUCUCCACAGCACUAUCAGCAGCAACAAUCCUUCACGUAUACAACAGCCCCAUCAAGUGAAUCGACUUAUCAUAGAAGCAGCCCGGCGGAUCAACGGUCAUCAUAUAGCACUAGCAAUCAACAACAGCAGCAAUCAUCAAUUCAUCAUGGAAUCUAUUCAUCUUCCCAGCAAGCAUCCACUCACCAGCAACAGCAACAGUCACACUAUUACCAGCAACAGCAGCAGCAAGCAGUCAGUCAAAGAGACGGUAAAAAUCAAGUUUAUUCAUCUGCUAAUUCCCAAAACCAGCAGCCACAUCACUAUCAACAACAGCUGUACCAGCAACAGCAGCAGCAGCAGCAGCAACAGCAACAAGCAACCUCGCAAUACUACUAUCAAUCGCAGCCCCAGCAAAAUUAUGCAACCCAAAACAUUUACGUUUCCACUAAUCCUUUUGCGACUGCGAGUCCGGUCCAUGGUGUGUCUAGUUAUUCGCCUUCGUCGUUUGGCAAAGCCCCCCGAGAUGGUAGUAACAGCGGUAAUGGAAGUGGUGGUGGAAGUAGUAAUACGCCCGACAAUUCCGGCCAUGGUGGUGCCUACAAUCGUUCAAAUCGUAGCAAUAGUGCCAGUAAUGCAAACACCAACAACGUCCUCGCCAAAACUAGCGCAGGUUUUUUGGAAAACCUAAACGCCAGGCUAGCAGAGCAAAGACUGUCCGGGAAGGCAUUUGCCGUACGGAAUCUCAUCAACAGUAAGGCACUGCCGGACCCACGGAUAUGUCACGAAUCGUUAAUGGAUCAAAUCAAGCGUGGUGCAACGCUGAAACGCAAUCGAACGAUUAACGACCGAAGUGCACCGAAAAUCCACUAAAUCAGAGCACAACACCAUCGACAGAUCAAAUCAAGCCAAAUUCAACUUUUUCGAGAAUAAAGAAAGAAGAAAUCCUGUGUGCUCAUCAAAUCAGUGCCACAGAUUUACGCUCGCAGAUUGAUAUGUCCCUAGCAAUCUGUUUCAGUUAACAGGCACUCUCUUUAUAACAACACAUUUUUCGUCCAACGGAACAAGAGAAAUCAGCGGGAUUUUAAUUUCAAUUUACAGUUAUAUUAUUUGUUGAUUUAUUUUCGCUAGUCGAAGGAAAGAGUAUCGUCGUAAUAAAAUUGAACGGGAUGGGUGAAGUCUUUAAAGAACUGAUUGUAAUCAAAAUAUUUUUAUUAAAAUCCAACAAAAUAGUAACCAUGAAUAAAUAAAAGUUGAUUAUACAUAUUAGAAGUGUUAUCUAAUAACUAACGUGUAUUUAGUAUUGGUUCAAUCAUUGCUGUAUUAGUUAGAUUGCUGAAUAUCACUACAGACGAUUAGUAAAGAAGUGGCAGAUUUAACAAUAAGUGAGGUUACUGCACUUGGAAGCGAUUAUACCGCAACGAGUAAUAUUUGAAAAGCUUUCAUUCAAGUUAAGUACGUAUUUGAAAA